GGGAUACGCUGGUCGCUUCUUCUUUUCCUCCUGGUGUCCGAGUUGCACGAGACGCGAGAUACAAAACGGUGCAUCCGUCCGUUCCGCUCUUAUUCGAUUUAUUAUACGAACGUUCCAACAAUCUCUGUCCAGCGCUAUCGAUUAAGUCGAACAACGUCGUUUUUUCUCGAAUUCCAAUUGCUACUAAAUUUCGUCAGUGUAUUGAUAGAAUAGAAAAAGGCCAAACAAAAUUGCAUGCACGUCGCACAGAGCAACGGGCGAAUAAGAAAAGGAGAAGGAUACUAGGAACAAUUGGUUGGAGGGGUUGACGGACAGAGGUAAGGGGCUAAAAGGGUCGAACCUUCAAUAUUCUUGGCUGCGGUCCUGCUCCCAGUUCUCCGAAGGGGAAAAAACCUACCGGACUGGUUUUAAAGAGGGCCAGGAGCUCAGUAUGCGGGACAUUUAACGUCUUGAUUCGUCGCGAGCCUAGGAAAUUGUGCAAGCAGGUGAACAAUCGGCUACCGCGAUUAAACGGAGAAUAUUUACGUUGGAUUCGGUGUGAGACUAUCGUCGUGUUUCUUCCGUGACACUGAACCCGAACGAGAAUAAAGAAACCUUGAAUCGAAAUCGUUCUCGCAGUCGCUGCUGUUCCGUUUAACGAUUGUGUCAUACGAGUGGGGGACGAAGAGAUGCCAAAGGGCAGAUGACAUCGGCGAAACACUCUUCCAAGACGCGAUGAGCGUCGAUCACGAAUCGACAAGCGACCACGAGUCGUGAGAAUUUCUGAUUCCAGCGAUGGGCGUCGUGAACGUAAACAAACUCGAUUCUCGUACUUUUCGAGCAGAAUAAUCUUACCAGAGAAUAAAAUACCUGCGCUCGACGGUGUUUUCGAACGAAAUUCGACGUGUCGUUUGAGGGAUUUUCGAUCGAACGUCGUGCGUGUUUAUUCCGGUCGAAAUGACUACUGUGUUGCCCGAAGGUGAGACGAAAGUUGCGAAGAUUAAACAGAAGCUGAUGAACGACGUACACAUGAAGGAGGAAACACGCUCCUUCUUACGUUUCUCUAGAGAGAACCUGAGCAUUUCGCAGUCCGAGCUGGAGCAAGGCUUUAACAAGCACCGUUUCCGGCCUAAUAGGAACACUAUACUGAGUGUUGCUGCUCUGGUGAUCGCUUUCCUGUGUCUGGGCCUGGAAACGUGGAGACUGCGUUGCUCAUUGGUUAACGCGGGUGAGAUCCAAGAGCUGAAACGCGAUGUCGAUAGUCUGAAGCAUCGGUUUCUAGAGGAGGAUCUCUUGGACGGGCUGAGAGCUUUCGAAGAGCAGUUGUACAAAGGUGAUUCCAGUGACGACGACAGCGCCGACGGCGAGAUGGACAUCGACAACACGGAAUACGAUACCGAUGACUAUACCGACGACGAUAGUUCGUCGUCUCACGAUUAUUUGCUCGAUUACCACACGCCAUCCACGUACAGUGCACGAUCGUCCGACAUCCCCGAUUCUUUGUCGACGAUCGCGCCUGUACCGACUCCACCUGAGCCGAGCUCCGACAAGGCUAUGAUGGGAUUGUUGGAAUUGUUGGAAGCGGUGCGUGAGACUGAGGCCAGACAUCGCCAGGAAUUGAAGAAAAACGUGCGAGAAAACCAUAAGAACGACGAGAAGGAGCGACACCUGGAGGAACGCGCGAAAAAAGUUACCGAGGACAAGGUCGAGGCGCAGAAGAACAACACUAAACAGAAACGAGACGUUCCUAGCGCGGAUAAUUCGAGGGAUCGCCUUUUGGAAUGGAGGGCGUUUUUUAAACGCAAACGUUCCAUUGGUGAGCACAAACACGGCUCGAGGAGACUAAUCGCGUCUGGUUCCAGCUCGCGUGAGAGUUCGGAGGACAAGACUGUUGGAGACAAACAUGACACGUCGGUCGAUGUUCGGGGCAGGCAUCCUCCGAAGAAAUAUUACACCCACUCGGUCUUGGACGACGUUCGUGGUUCUCUUGUCGCCGAUGGGAACGAUUCGGAAGGCCGAAGCGUGGAACGUCAGUCGAAGAAGUCCCCUCGUAGGCUUCGAAAGAACUUGCACGGUUCGAGACAAAUCUUGGCCGCCCAUUACGGGGCCGAUAAACACCUGAUAGGGAGGAGGAGGAACGACACCGGAAGCUCGAGAGUCCGCCACGAGGACAGGGUGUUCAAGGCGUGGCGAGCGAGCGAUUGGGUGGAGGGUCUUCGCAUGGAUCAACACUUCGACAUGAAAGACAACGGAAGUCUCGUGAUAAGUAAAGACGGCUUGUACCUGGUGUACGCGCAGAUUCAUUACAUGGACGAGCACUUCGAGGCUGGAUUUCACUUGGAGGUGAACAAUCGACCGAUCUUGCAGUGCAUGAAUUAUAAUUCGGGCAGGGAUAAGGACUUCAGUCAGUCUUGCUUCUCGGCCCAGGUGACGCGUUUGAACAAAAAUGACAUUUUGGUAUUGAAGGAAGUGGGUAGUUCGUCAAGGUAUGCCCUCCUCGAAGCGGAGAAGAGCUUCCUGGGGCUGGUGAGACUCGGAGACGCUAAAACAUUACCGUUUUUCACGUCCCAGUGAUUCAAAUUUGCAAUUCGUUGAAUUUAUCGCGAUUAGAUCGCGAUGCGAAGUUGGCAGAACGUUUUAACACAGUGACUGCUAUUUAUGAACGACAUCGUAGCAAAUUCAACCGGCGCCCGUGGCUAUCAACUUUUAGAAGGUCGGCCAUUUUUCAAUAAAAUCGUUUAAUUUUUUUAUUGAAAACUCAACAGGAUUAUCUUAUUACCGCCAAACUAGAACAGCUUAAUAUCUUCUGAGCGAAAUAAGUCGCUCAAUUUUGUUUAGUAGAAAUAAAUAUUUGUCUAUGUAAUUAAGUACUGUGCCAAUACUUAUGUCCAGCACUGUAUGUGUAUAGCAAGUAUUACGGGCACCAACGUACGGUCUUUUUUCUAAUUAGGAAGUAAAUAAUAAUCCACUAAGGAGAAAGUGAUUUAUUAACUACGAAUACGUUCAAGUUCCGCCUACUGAUUUUAGAUUAAUACACAGGUCAAUUAAGAGCAACGAUAGAAAGUUCGUAAAAAUAUUACACGCGUCGUAAUGAAGAAAAUAGUCUCCGUAAAUACGAAUUUGCAAGCAUAGCGUUUUAAUCAAAUUUUCUUCGCAGUCAAUGUGUUAACGAAUGUACUUUAUCGGAAAGUAAUUUAUUUCAGCGACACUGUAAACUGGCUUCUUCAGUUGUGUCGUACGGUUCAGUGGAAAUAGACACGCGUUGACUUAAUCAAUUACGAUACUGUUUCCAUCCACGAACGCGUUACUAGUGUAAAUAACAUAUUUGUAUUUUGUUACUGAAUAAUUUUGUAAGCUAUCGUCGACUUUUUACAAUCCAAAGAGAGAGAGAGAGAGAGAGAGAGAGAGAGAGAGAGAGAGAGAGAGAGAGAGAGAGAAAGAGUGAGAUUCAACAAAUCGAUUUUGUGAUAGAUUUAUCUAAACGAAAAUAAAUACUUUGCACAGACUUUCUGUUAUUAAUCCACGAUCCUGCGUCAAUCAUGGGCAUACUUUCUUGCAAAUCGGCUGCGGCGUCUCGUAGUACAACAAUUUAGCCCGAUGACAGCCUAUUGGGAUUAGGUUUCCAGGCGAAUCCAUCAGGUCGACGAUAAAAUUAGGCUUCAUUAGCUUCGUGGGGAAAACAGUUUCGCAAUCGUGAACCGAAACGGCUUCGUCGCCUGGAUCUUCCUUAUGCAAAGUCGUUUGCAGAGAUUGCAAUGUUACGAACUCUGGACAAGAAGCGUCUCUGUCGAUGUAAGCGUCGAACGUAACGUCUUCGACCGGUCCUACCACCUGUGCAGUCAUUAAAAAUGAAGAUCAUUCGUCCCUUUGACGUACGAUCUAAUUGCA